AUGUGAAGUGCUCAGUUUAAUCACACUUCUGCAAGUUCUGGGAAAAGUCAAAAACUUGGCAAAAAUGCCCUUUUUUCGGAAAAAUCGUGCUGAGAAAAAUUGCUGGUAGUGUUAGAGCAAAACAAACGCUGUUUUUGCACAUCACUCUCAAGUGACUACAAAAUGUGAAGUGCUCAGUUUAACCACAUUGCUGCAAGUUCUGGGAAAAGUCAAAAACCUUGGUAA